CGCUUUCCGGUUCCUUCUGCAGUGGGUGUCGCAGGUGCACAGCGUAGUCGCGGACGCUGCCGACCGAGGCAGUCCGAGCGGCAGCAGCUGGGAAGUGCAACCAUGCCGCGGUAUUACGAGGACAAGCCGGACGGCGGCGCGUGUGCCGGCGUGAAGGAGGACCUGGGCGCAUGUCUGUUGCAGUCCGACUGUGUGCUUCAGGAAGGAAAAUCCCCUCGGCAAUGUCUGAAGGAAGGACACUGCAAAGCUCUGAAAUAUUCAUUUUUUGAAUGUAAAAGAUCAAUGUUGGAUGCCAGAUCAAGAUUCAGAGGAAGAAAAGGAUAUUGAUAAGUAUUAUGUUGAAACCAAGAUGGAAACAACAAAGGAUUUCCUCUGGUCAUUAAAACACAGAAAUCAAGAUAGGAAAUGUACUUUUAUCUUAUACCUGUUCGGUUGGACCACAGAACCCUAGAGAGAAUGGAUGAGUUCUGGUUUUGAAUGUGUAUAAAGUAGAUUUUUCUCUUGCUCUAAGUUAUUUUUAGAAGGAAAAUUUAAUUGACUAGUUAUGAGUGCAGAGUAUAAUAAAUGUGUUUUAAGAAUUAUUCUAAAGCACAAAGAUUGUUAUUUCCAAACUUGACUCCUUAACCAAAUGACACAUUUUGUACAUCCUUUGUGAAUAUCAUGAAGGCCACUGAGGGGACUGUUAAAAUCAGUAACAUGGAGCCUGGGGAGAAAACGUCCUUCGGGAAAGUUUAGGAUGAAGCUUUUCUUUUAUUCAGUCCUAUUUAGUUUUAAAAUAAAUUGUGCUUGAUUUCUUGGAGAAGAAAGGCCUCAUUUGCACUGAUUCACUGAGGUAACAGCCUCAGAACCUUAAUAUCAUAUGUUAGGCAAAGCUGAAUGCAAAGCCCCAGAUUCCGUUGCCAGAGCCCUUUGCCUCCAUCUCUUGACCUUACAGUUUUUGCUCCCUGGCCUCACUUUCAGGCUGCCCCUCUCUUGUAAUGGGAAAGAGAACAGUGUCAGCCAAAGUCAUGUCCUUAAGAUCCAUGAUCCAAAAAGAGAGAAUCUCCUUUACCUGGGGCCACAUGUCAGAUUCUACAGAAUUAGACUAUUAGACUAUUGUCUUCCCUGGAUCACCUGCCCUUGAAUUACACCAGUCCCGGUGGAAAAAGGAAUAGGGCCAGGCUCUCAGCCAGGCCUGGGUCUCAUAAUUCCCAUGAGAAUCACACUUGUUGAGUGAUGGGCCUCUUCUCAAAAAGAAAAGAGGAUUCAGUUCAAACUGAAAAAAUAGAUGUGUUCACUAUGGAAAGCAAGAGUAAAAAACAUGAAAUGCUUGAAAAAGUUUAGAAUCACAGUAAUUUUAUUCUGGUCACUUAAUACAGUACAGAGCUGAAUAUGAAUCCAAAUUUUCAACUUUAUUUUCAGUUUUGAAGAAUGAAGAACCAUGGCUUCUUUAUAACAUCCACAGGUUAUUGGAGUUAAAGCAGUCAAGGUAUUCCGUAGCUUGUUUCUUUUAAAUGCUCACAUAAAGUUGUGAGGAUUCCACACAGCAGUAGUCCUUGUUGCCGAACCCCAGAGGUCUAUUGCAUGUACUACUUUUCACUGAGAAAGGGAAAGUGAUGGUUUUAUUACUUAAGUGCUACAAGUUUAAUUAAGAAUAACUUUGAUAAGGAAUCUCACUAAAAUUGUUAUUGAACUCUUAGUAACAGCUUUAUUGAGAGCUUCAUUUGGAGAAAUUCACAUGCUAUAAAAUUUACCCUCGAACUAUAUACAAUUCAGUUGUUUUGUAUUUUGAUUUUUUAGUCAGAGUUGUGCAACAUUACCAUUAAUUCCAGAACAUUUUCAUCUCCUCAAAGAGAAACCCCAUACCCUUGAGCAGUUACUCCCAUUCUCCUCUUUCCCCGAGCACCCAGCAACCAUUUAAUAUACCUUCUCUGUCUGUAGAUUUGCCUUUGUAGGAUUAUACAUGGCCUUUUGUGACUGGCUUCUUUCACUUAGUGUUUUCAAGGCUCAUCCAUAUGUAGCAUGUCUGUACUUAAUUCAUUUUUGCAGAAUAAUAUUCCACAGCAUAGCUAGACUGCAUUGUUUUUAUCCAUUCAUCAGUCAUUUGCACCUUGGGGCUAUUAUGACUAAUGUUAUAAUAGGGUAUACAGGUGGUCCUGGAAUAUGUAUUUAUUAAAUGUCGUUUUGUUAUAACACUGAUGUGAUGCUGUAGAAGCAUAACUCUUGUUUAUAUCAAUUAGCCUGUGGUAAAAAUUGGUUUCAUUAUAGGCUGUUUCACUUAAAGUCCAGAACCUAUCAAUGACGUUAAGUGAGAAUUUACUGUAUACCUAAGAGUGGUGUUACUGGGUCAUUUAACUCAAUGCUUUGAUGAGCUGCCACACUUUUCCACCGUGGCUACACCAGCAUCGAAGGAAGAUUUCAGUUUGUCUACAUUGUUACCAACGGUUGUUAUUUUCCAUCUACUUGAUAAUAGACAUUCUAGGUUUGAAGUGCUAUCUGGUAUCUAAUUGGGAUUUCAAUUGGCAUUUCCCUAAGGGUUAUGAUAUUGAGCAUGUUUUCAGGUGCUUAUUGGCCACUUUUAUAUCUUUAGAGAACUGUCUGCUCAAGUCCUUUAUCCAUUUUUCAACUGAGUUAUUUUUUUUAUUAUUGAGUUGUAAGAGUUCUUUAUAUGUUGUGUAUACAAGUUCCUUAAACACAAAUCAAUGGUAAAUGUUUUCUCCCAAUUUGUGAUUUGUCUUCACUUUCUUUAUGCUGUCUUUUGAAACAAAUUUUAAUGUUGAUGAAUUAAAUUUAUCUGUUUUUAUUUUGUUUAUCUAAAAAAACCACUGCCUAACCCAUUUAUGGACAUUUAUUCCUAUGUUUUCAUGUAAGAGUUUUAUAGUUUUAGUUUAUGUGUAGCUCUAUAAUCCAUUUAAAAAAUAAUUUCUGAUACUUUCAUUAGUAACUGUAUAAUUAGUGGUAUAAUAGAAUAUACCUAAUGUAAAAUUUAUUAUCUUUACCACUUUUUAAGUAUAUAAUUUAACAAUGUUAAGUAUAUUCACCUUGUUAUACAACCCAUCUCUGGAACAUUUUUCAUCUUACAAAACUGAAACAUUAUACCCAUUAGACAACCCCUCAUCACCCUGUCCCUCCAACCCCUGGCAGCCACCGUCUACUGAUGGUGAGCAUCAUUUCAUGUUGUUGUUGGGCAUAUGUAAACCUUUUUUGGAGAAAUGCCUACUCAGGUUCUUUGCUCAUUUUUAAGUAGGAUUGUGUGCUCCUUUGUUGAAUUCUAGUUCUUUGUAUAUGCUAGAUAUUAACCCUUUACAGAUAUAUGAUUUGUAAAUAUUUUCUCCCAUUUCUUUUCACUCUGUUGAUUGUGUUCUUUGAUUGAUAUAGUCCACUUUAUCUGUUUUUACUUUUGUUGCUUAUGGUUUUGGUGUCAUAUCCACAAAAUCAUUGCUCAGUCUAAUAAAGUUCUUUCCUUACAUUUUAUUCUAGGAGUUGUAUGUUUUAGUUCUUAUGUUUAGGUCUUUGAUCUAGUUUGAGUUGAUUUUGUAUAUUGUGUAAGGUAAGGUCUAAUUUCAUCCUUUUGUAUACUGAUAUCCAGUUUUCCCAGCAUCUUUGGUAAAAAGACUGUCCUUUCCUCUUUGAAUGGUGUUGGCACCCUUGUUGAGGAUCAUUUGUCUGUACAUAUGCCAGGGUUUAUUUCUGUGUUAUCUGUUCUGUUUCACUGAUCUAUGUCUGUCUUUAUGCCAUCCAUGCCACGCAGUUUUGAUCACUGUAGCUUUGUAGUAAGUUUUGAAAUCAAGAAAUGUGAGACCUCCAACUUUGUUAUUUUUUGGGGUUGUUUUUGCUAUUCAGAGUCCAUUGAGAUUCCAUAUGAAUUUUAGGAUGGAUUGAAUCUGUUUAUCACUUUGAGGAAUAUUGGCAUCUUAACAGUAUGAAGUCUUCCAAUCCAUUUACAUGAGAAGUCUUUCCUCCUGUUGAUGUUUUCUUUAAUUUCUUUCAGCAACAUCUUGUAAUUUUUCAGUGUAUAAGACUCUUGCUUCCUAAAUAGAUUAGGUUUAUUCCUAAGUGCUUUCUCUCUCUCUCUUUUUUUUAAUGCAACUGAAAAUUGAGUUGUUUUCCUAAUUUUCUUUUUAGGUUAUUUGGAUGAUGGGUUAACUUUUUAUAAUUUUAUUGUGAAACAGUAGACAUACAGAAAAAUAUAUAGGAUGUUUGUAUAAUGUUAACUAAUAAUUAUGUAUCUUCACGUUACUACCAUCCAGGUCAAUAGAACAUUGAAUGACCCCUUGUAACACCUGACUUUUCUCAGAGGCCCUUCUGCUCGCCUCUGAGACAAAACCACUCUUCUGGUGUUUGCCACACUCUGCUCUUAAGUUUUCCUCCUCCCUUGAGCUUGUUGCAUUUGGCUCCUUGAGAUGUAUUCGAGUACUGUAGUCUCCCCUUAUCUAUGGGGAAUAAUGUUUCAAGACCCCCAAUGGGUGCCUGAAACUAUGCAUAGUACUGAACCUUGUAUAUACUAUGUUUUUCCCUAUACAUACAUACCUUUGAUAAUGUUUCAUUUAUAAAGCAGGCAAAGUAAGAGAUUAGCAGUAACAAAAAUGGGAUAAGUAUAACAAUAAACUAAUAAAAGUUA